AUGACGUUGACCAAGAAAUCGUGUAACAAAGUGUUCAACGGUACGCUGACCAAGUAUGCGUUGACGUCGACGUCUCUGGGGUCGUUGGAAACGGCGAUCAACGUGUUCCUGCCGUCGUGCGCUUCGGAAUCGACUCGCGUGCCUGUGCUGUACUACCUAUCUGGUCUGACGUGUACCGAAGACAAUGCGGCGCAGAAGGGAGGGUUUUUCGGUGCAGCCGAGGAGGAAGGCAUUGCGAUUGUGUUUCCAGACACCUCGCCGCGCGGCGCUGGCGUGCAAGGCGAAGACGAUUCGUACGACUUUGGUACUGGAGCGGGAUUCUACCUCAACGCUACCAAACAACCGUGGUCAAAGCACUACAACAUGUAUGACUAUAUUGUCAAGGAACUGCCUGCCAUACUCUCCCACCACCUACCCAUCGACACCAGUAGAUCGUCCAUCUUCGGCCACUCAAUGGGCGGUCACGGUGCGCUCACCUUGUACCUCAAAAACCGUUCGCAGUACCGUUCCGCUUCAGCCUUCUCGCCCAUCUGCAACCCCACCCAAUGUGCCUGGGGCGAAAAGGCUUUCAACGGCUACCUCGAAAACGGCCUUCACGAUGGCGCCCAGUACGAUGCAACUCUCCUUCUGAAAUCUACCGACAUCCAGCCUGACAUCCUCAUCGAUUCCGGAACCGCAGAUGACUUUUACAAGCAACGCCAACUUCUCCCUGAAAACUUUGAAACCGUUGCCAACGAAAAACGCUUUCACAACGUCACCGUCAGGCUGCACGACGGCUAUGAUCAUAGCUACUACUUUAUCUCCACGUUUGCCAGCGAACACGUCAGGUACCACGCCAAGUUUUUGAAGCAGUGA